UCCAAUAUUCAUUUUUUAUUUCCUUCUUUUUCCUGUCCUCCAACUAUAAAUAACCUCAUCACCCUCCUUCCUCAUGUCCUCAAAUCAAAUUCAUCUCUUCAUAUCUCACUAUCACUCUCAAUAUAUCUUUCUCAAAACCACUCUCUUUCAAAUAUAUAGAAAUGGAAAACAAUCUACAAGUAAUAUCAAAGAGAGUGUGGAAAAUGGUACGUGUUGUCUUCUUCAUGUUGAGAAAAGGAAUAUCAAAAGGCAAACUAAUGAUGAACCUAAACAUGAUGUUCAAGCGCCGCAGCAAGCUGGCCGGAAAAGUUAUUGCCAAUCUAAUGUCCCACCAUCACCACCACGGCGGCUCCACCUCAAACCGCCACUCCCACAACUCACACCAGCAAUUCACUCUCUCAAGGGAGUACGAAUUCAGCUGUAGCAACACUCCCAACAAUUUCUUCUCAAACGGGAACCGUCACCAUGUCCACAACCAUAAAUACAAUGCUCAAGCGCCACUUGCAGAUGACGAUGAGGUGAAGACUAUGAAUGCUAUGAAGGCGGUGUUUGAGAUGCUUAACAAUGAUAAAACAACUGUAGAAGCAUCUCAUGCACAGUCUGGAUCUGAGCGACAGAAGCUGAGUGACUCACCAUUCCCUUUAAGAGAUGAUGAUGAGAAGGAGAAACAAGUUGAUAAGGCUGCAGAAGAUUUCAUAAAAAGGUUUUAUAGCCAGUUGUGGAAGCAAGAUUGAUUGAUUAAAUAAUUCAACUUACUCCUUGUUUAGUUAAUAUUUAGUAAUUGUCAAUGAUAAGUAACCAUAUUUUCUUUCUGGUUAUUUUCAUGUUAUAUAAUCCAGAGUUAUAUUU